AGGCCCGUGGCUUACUGAGGGACAGGAGCAGUCCUGCGCUUGCAGCCUCGGGAACCAUGGGGAUAGGGCCACGCAGCCAGUCCUUGCGAGGACCACGUCCCUCCUAUGGCAAGCUCCAGGAGCCCUGGGGGAAGUCUUCAGAGAGCCGGCUGCGCCGGGCACUGAGCCUCAGACAGGGCCAUGAGAAGGCCAGGCCCUCGAAUGGAGGCCCGGAAAGGCUGGACACGCCCGGUCAGGAGUGGCUGCCGGGGGGCCUGGAGGACACGGAGCAGCUGAUUCAAGCUCAGCAGGGAGACCGCCGGCGGUGGCUGAAGCAGUAUCAACAGCAGGUAAAGAGAGGGUGGGAGAGCUUUGUCUCCAGCUUCCCUGCUGUGACCUUGAGCCGGCCAGCGCCCCCAAAGCCCCCUCUGCGCACCACCAGCUAAGGAUGCUGCAAGCCGUGUCGGUUCCUGCCGCGCCUGGAUGAGACAGCCGUGUCUGCUGAUCUACGUCUUCGUGGCCCUCCGAACUCCUCUGCGUAGACUGCUCCUGCCUUCCUUACAUGGUGCACUAAGGCCUCUGCCACCAAGUUACCCGAGGGUCCUGUGAUUGUCUUUCAGCCUUGGCCCUCCACUCCAAGGCUGGCUUGCAGUAAGGACCCCAAAAGGCUGAGAAGAAGGGGGUUCAGCUCUUUCCUGAUGGAUUCUGCCAUCCAGACAAAGGGGAAUCCUGGGACAGUGACACGUAUGAGGGCCUUAGAAACCUGCCUAGAAGUAGGGGUGUCGACACCCCUGGCCCCACACAAGACCCGUUGUGAACUCCCAGGACAGAGCUCAGUGAAGCCAGACCCAUGGCUGAAAGGCUCUGCCCAUCACCUGCGCAGGACCCUCCCACCACACCCCACCUGCCAGUGGUGGGCAAGGCAUGGGUCUCCCUCCCUGACAAUGAGCCCCCCAAGGGCAAGGACGAAGUCAGGGCCGUCCCCAGCACUGGAGCUCUACAGCUGAAAAGGCCAGGCCUGUAUAUUGUCACUUGUAUCCUUACAGUAUCCCGAUGAAGGAAGGGGGGAAGCCUUCUCUCCCUGUGUGACAGAGGUAGAAACUGAGGCCCAGAGCAAGGAAGAAAUUCUUGUCUUUGGCACCCUUGGCCCCACCCCCACCCAGUUCCUGACCUUGGGGCUGAACUCAGGAAUAAAGGUGGUUGUGCUGAAGUAUA